GUUUUCAUGCUGACUUUAAUGCUAGUUAAAGAAUGAAUGUUUGAAAUUCAGUCCAUCAGUCUUCAUAAAGAUUAAUCUAUCUCAUCCUGACUCUCCUUUUGUAAACUCCUUUUAUUUUCUGCCACUGUCCCAUUUCACUUGAGUGGCUCCAUCACUUUUCCUCUGGCGAUUUUCUUUUGAUGCUCAGUACCGUGUCGUCAUGCCUGCAGCUGUUGCUCUUUUAAACUUGCAGAUGCUCUGUUCUUUUAUUUUCUCGUUCUCGUCCGGCUUCUGUAUUUUCUGUCCUCCCCCUCCUCUCCCAGGCUGUGUGACGGUCGCUGUCGAUAACAGAGGGGCUUUUACCCACUUGCAGAGCAGCAUCUUACAGCAUCUCUGCAAAAGCCAACGGAGGAAGAGAGGAAAACAAAUGUCAAGACAUUUUUUUUUAUCCUUCACUGUGCUAUUUAUAUAAUGUAGUUGUUAUAUAACAGAGAAUGAGCAUGUAUGUCGUAGAUAUACCCUGGGCAGUGCAGUAGAUGAGGCUUAUUCACACACACAUAUGAGGGUAUCCUUGCACGCUUGCACACACUUGCUCACACCCUGCUUGCAUUGCUCAGCGAUGCCAUUUCUUUGUAGUGGGGAUGCAAUCCUGGAGAGACUAUUUUUGCAAGCCUUGUAGUGCUUCUGUCACCUCUCCUCAGGAGGACAUGGAAUACAGGAUGGGAAGCUGUAUCGGAGUCGCACGCAGCCAGGCUGCAGUACACACUGACAAGGCGAGCACACUGAAGGAGAAGUCUGCCACUGCAGAGAACGGAUCUGUCCACACUGAUUCAGUCAAAGCUGAGCCACAGGUGUCUGCUGACGAGGAAGAAAAGCUGAGAAGACCGGAAGAGGAGGAUAAAGAGGAGCUAGAGUUUCCUCAUGACCUGCUGCCCAGCAUAGACCUCGACCUCAGUACUGAGCUCAAUCUCACCUGGGGAACCUCGCUUGGUUGUGAGCAGGGGAGCUUGGCUGAAAUGAAGAAUGAGGCUGUGGCACUGGGUGGCACUGCCAACCCUCUGCUGGCAGGCCUAGAGCACUACAUGGAGGCCAGUCCACCAGUAGUGGGCCUCAUGAAGAGCUGUGAUGGUGACCAAUUGUCUGCUGAGACAGCAUCACUGGCCCAAGCCCACUUGUCUAGCGAAUCUCAGCAACAUGUUCAAUCCCUCAGUCCUUUGGCUGCCCAGAUGGAUUAUGAACUCCAAGAAGCUUUAAGGGAAUGUGAAGAUGAAAUGGCUGCUCUUGGCAUAUCUUCUGAUGCAGACACAUGGACUGCAGGUGAUCUGGAUAGGCCGUUCUCUGUAAGUGAUGAGAAAAAUCAAACUGAGAAAGCUGAAGUCAAAAAGGAUUUUGGUUCAUCUUCACAUAAACCUGGCGAAUUUCGUGAAGGUUGCCAUGGAAAUGAUGGAGCGCACACAAAUGACUCAACAGCGGGUGAAGAGGGGGUGUUUAGCUUCAGAGAUUAUGUUCUAGGAAGAAAGCAAAGUAAUACUUGUACAGCUGAAGCUGAGGUGGUCAAAAGCAUUGAGGAUAUGACAGAAAACCACAGUGAAGAAGCAAGCCAGUUGUCAGAGGCAGAACAGCAAACAAAUUCAGAGAUAGAGACAAAAAUAGACACAGCUGAGAACAUAGCUGGUCAACAAAACACGCAUACCAUAUGGACAGGUACACAAACAACAUCAGAGAUUGAUGCGGAAAAGGAAACACUUACCCAGGAUCAAUCAAUACAAGAUAUCUGCUUACUUAAAAACACCCUGGAGGGUCAGAGUUCACAAGAUGAACAGAAUAAACGUUAUAGCACAGACAACUCCGAGAGAAACAGGAAUAAUUCAAGAAACAAUUCCCGUAAAUGAAGAAGUCAGAAGUUCUGAAAAAGCUACA